CGGUCACGAUGCCAUAAAGUUAUAGUCCAAGUUGUUUGUUUUGAGGGUCCUUGCAGCUUUGCAUCAUCUUUCACGACCAUCGCCCCUUUCAAGAAUUAACAUGACACCAACUGCAACUGUCGAGCAUUAUCCUGAGAGCGUGGCCCGCUUAUGUGCGGAGCUUCAGAGACUGUCCGCAGAGAUUGUUGAGACACGGAAGAGGAUAGGAGGAUUUCCAGCAUCUCAAAAGGGAGACGAUGAUAACGCCAUGGAGGUAGACCAAGUAGAGGUAUGGACUAGCGGCGCAAACGACUGGAGGACAGCAGAAAAGGCUGGGAGGAACCAGCCUACACCCUAUAUUUGAACUUGAAUGCAGCACUACAUUCACAGCUUGCGUGAGUGUUCAUGGAGAUGAGCUCGAGGCACUGAUCAGGAUAUAUUUUUUUCUUUUGUUACAGAGCAAAGCUGCUGUGGAUCCGAUGCUUCAACAAAGGCUUUCAGAAGGUGUUCGGACGGGCAACAUGCUCCUUUCGCUCCUCAAGACGCUCAACCGCGACGUCUUGUUGCAAGAGCGUGACCUCAAGAAUGACCUGACAGAGCAGAAACUAAGUGUUGGCCAGGUCGAUCUAGGCUAUCAAAACAUCAAAUACCAACGCAAAUAUCUGCUGAACGAGAUAUCGCGUUGUCGAGACAUGCAAACACUGUACCAGGAUGUGCCCCUCGUACCAUUGGAGGAGUUCAGGGAAAAGGCGCCAGAGCACUUGGUUCAGAGCGCGACAGAUGAUCACCAGCUGAUGCUGAACCGUCUUCAGUUCGAGCUCGAGGAGAGGAAGCGAUUUGAUGCAGAAAAGAGGCGACUUCUGACUGUUAAGUUGCAACUGACUAAGGCCAAUAAGAUCCGUAGGACACAAAUCAACAAGGCAGAGAAACAAUUGGAGGAGUAUAUUCAGUCUAGUCAGUCCCUUCAGGAACUUUUUAGAGAGCCUGUCGAACCUGUUCGGACGCAUAAGGAAAUCCUGCUUGCGGAGGCGAACGCGGCAUUAGCAUCAUCAGGAGCGACUACAACAGAUGGGGCGUUAUCUUCAACGAUGAGCAAUGGAGACGCAACCAUGGGUUCUCCAUCGCAAGACGAAAAAGCACAUAUUGAGACGGAGACUGGAGUCGAUCUUCAGUCGAGGAGACAUGGGGAAGAAUAAUCAUGUACAGCUUCUUCCUGCAAUAAAGCAAAUGUUCCAACAUCUAUAA